UGGAUUUUAUUUUGAUAGUCAACCUGUCGACCUCCACUUCCGGUGUGGGAGGUCACCGUCCCGGCUGAAGAUGGCGGCGCCCGACGAGUUAUUUUGCUGGGAAGGAGACUGGGGUUUACCGUCCGUCGACACCGACUGUCUGGUGGUUCAGGCCUACGCUCAGUUUGCAGGAGCUCCUCUCAAACUGCGAAAGAUCUGCAACCCCUGGAGGAGUCCGAGCGGGUCACUUCCUGCUCUGAGGACCAAUCAGAAAGAGACUCUGUGCAGGCCCUCUGACAUUAUUAUCCACCUCAGAAAACAGAAAUACAACGCGGACUUCGAUCUGUCGGCCAAGGAGGGAGCCGACAGCCUGGCCUUCAUCUCUCUGAUGGAGGAGAAACUCAAACCCGCCCUGAUCUACGCCUUCUGGGUCGAGCCAAAGAACUACGUGGACGUGACUCGCCGCUGGUACGCCGAGCACAUGCCGUUCCCCCUGAACUUCUUCCUGCCCGGACGAAUGCAGCGCAGCCAACUGGAAAAACUGCGACUGCUGCGAGGAAGCGAGAGCCUGGAGGCCGGAGAGGAGCUAGAGAAGGAGUUGUACCGUGAUGCUGCAGAGUGCAUGAACCUGCUGUCCCAGCGUCUCGGCUCACACAAGUUCUUCUUCGGGGACUCGCCUUCGUCUCUGGACGCCUACGUGUUUGGACACUUGGCGCCCAUCCUCAAGUCCAAACUGCCCAACGGGAAACUGCAGCAGCACCUGAAGUCUCUAGACAACCUGGACAACUUCUGCACCAACAUCCUGCUGCUUUACUUCCCCAGAGACGGCAGAGAGACCUCCAGUCAGAAGACGUCUUCUCAGUCUGAAGGCGGAGACUUUGAUCACGUCCCCAACAAGCGGAGGAAGCAGUUCCUGUCAGCUCUGGUGGCCCUGGGGGCCAUGCUGAGCUACGCCCUCCUGACCGGCAUGGUGUCCAUCCAACACGUCCAGCGGGAGGCGCUAGAGGUGCCGCCAGACCUGCACGCCGUCGGAUCUGAGGAGGAAGAGGGAGACGGCUGAGGACACGCAGGUCAAACUGCGGCAUCAUGGGACUUUAAUGACGGCGUAAAAACAUUCAGAUCAGUAAAUAAUUUGUUGUGUCGUACAGUGAAGAGUCUUUACUGUCACCAAAGAAAAGCAGACGCGUCGACGCGAAGCCCACCGAAUUAAAAAGAUGCCUCAGCAUCGUCAGAACGUGUACAGAAAUGAAUUAAAAGCUGAUUCUCUCUAUGUGGACUAACGAUCACUUUAGUUCAUUUUCCUUUCAGGAAGAAACGUGAAGCAGCGUUUUAAUAAUUUUUUAUUUAGUUUUUGGUUAAAGCGGUUCCAGAAUCUCUCAGAAGCCACGCCAACAUGUUGUGUGACAGAGCCGGAGUGUUUCUGCCUUCGACACAAUAAAUCUACACGUCAAAUACAAA